AUGCUAAACAGCGGCAUGGGCACCAAACCGAUAGUGAUCAUUGUGGCAUGCGUGUUACUUUGCAUUACCAACAGAGGUGUUCACGCAAGCAAGGCAGAUGCAUCGACAUCGUCGUGCAGAGCUUCGGAUCUCGUCGUCAGCACGGCCACCGAGGCGGGCUCUGGGGGGAAACCUCAGCACUUCGUGAGCGUGAUCAACACUUGCAAGUGCGCGCAGAAGAACAUCAAGCUGGCAUGCCCGGGCUUCAACCACUCCAUCGAUGUCUUCCCGGCCAGCGCCAUCAGGCGGGACCGCGACGGCGUGCACUGCACCCUCCUCGGCGGCCGCCCGGUGGGGCCUGCCCGGUCGGUUAGCUUCAUCUACGAGUCGAGCGCAACCUUCAGCUUCAAGCCCGUCUCCUCCACCAGCGUCUGUUAG